UCACCGCCGUUCACCGGGAGAAGCAGCGCCUCCCUGUGUACACACCGAUUGGUUGGAGACCUUGACGGGCUCGCCUUCUCCCUUCUCCACAGACCCGUCUCCAGUCCAGGGCGGGGCUGACUCUCCGUCAAACUGAAUUAGCCUACAACCGGCAGAAGAAAACUUAGCCCGGGUCGAUCCAUGGAGCAGUGUGGGAAUGCUCUAUCCGUAGGUGGGGAGCAGAGAACCGGACGGCAGCCACAUUUCGGCCUCAUACAUCAGCCUGGACUGCCUCUGCUGCUGCUGCUGUGAUCGGGAGCGACCGGAUUGAACACCACGGCACCGGGCUGGGCUUAGAAAACAUCUGUGGGUCGGCAGAAGAAGAAGAAGCGCGUUUAUUCCUGCUGCUGAUCAGUAAUGAUGUGACGAAUCACUCAUUGGCUGCUCGGGGAAAAGAAAAUCUGUGGAAUCAGAUUUAGUGAUUUUUUAGUGAUUUUUUAUUAUUACUGCUGGAGAUCAUCUGAGCCGGUUGUUCCUAAGGCUGGCAGGCCUGGGGUGGGACAGAGAACAUGGCUGAACCACGGCGGGAGAGCACCAGCAGCCUGCAGAGGAAGAAACCUCCCUGGCUCCGAUUGGACAUUCCCACAGCUCAGAUGUCACUGGACGAGCCUCCCACGUUUGUUCAGCCGAUGAAGAGGCAGGGGUUCCUGCGCAGCAUCAGCAUGCCAGUGGAGACCUCUCACCUCCAGUCCCCACCCCGGGACCUCUUUGACACCCGGCGACCUGUCUUACAACGCCAGUCAUCCAUCACUCAGACCAUAAAGAGCAGCAGAAGGGUGCACUUUGAGCGGAUUAACACGGUGCCUAUUAAGGGGCAGCGGGCUGCUCGCCGCGGCACCAGGAAACACCACUCACUCUCCAGAACUCUGCUCAGGGGAACAGCUGACUGGUUCGGAGUCAGUAAAGACGGCGAUUCCUCCCAGAAAUGGCAGAGGAAAAGCCUGCGCCACUGCAGCCUGCGCUAUGGAAAGCUGAAACCGCAGGUGAUCCGAGAGAUGGAUCUGCCCAGCCAGGACAACAUCUCCUUAACCAGCACGGAGACCCCGCCUCCUCUCUAUGUCCCCUCCUCACAGCAUGGCAUGCAAAAGAUUGUGGACCCAUUGGCGCGAGGACGGGCCUUUCGCAUGGUGGAGGAGGUGGAUGGCUACAGCGUGCCUCAGACCCCCAUAACCCCUGGAGCUGCCUCCCUCUGCUCCUUCACCAGCUCCCGCUCAGGUCUCAACCGACUGCCUCGUCGACGGAAGAGGGAGUCAGUGGCCAAGAUGAGCUUCAGGGCGGCGGCAGCACUGGUGAAGGGGCGCUCCAUACGGGAGAGCACGCUGAGACGGGCCCAAAGACGCAGCUUCACCCCGGCCAGCUUCAUGGACGAGGACAUGGUCGACUUUCCUGAUGAGCUGGACACGUCGUUCUUUGCCAGAGACAUUCUGAUGCAGGAGGAGUUGUCCACUUACACGGACGAGGUGUUCGAGUCUCCGUCUGAGGCCGCCAUGAAAGACGUCGAGCCCAGCGGCAAGAAGGAUGAGACGGAGCUGACAGGAAGCGCCCUGGAUAAGUCGGAGCUGGAGAGAAGUCAUCUCAUGCUACCUCUGGAGCGAGGGUGGCGGAAAGCCAAAGAAGGAACUCCCGGACCACCAAAGGUGCCCUUACGGCAGGAGGUGGUGAGUGUGACUGGACAGCGGCGUGGCCAGCGCAUCGUUGUACCCGUCAAGAAGCUUUUCGCCCGAGAAAAGAGGCCCUAUGGUUUGGGCAUGGUGGGGAAGCUCACGAACCGCACCUACCGCAAGCGCAUCGACAGCUAUGUGAAGAGGCAGAUCGAGGACAUGGAUGACCACAGGCCUUUUUUUACAUACUGGAUUACAUUUGUCCAUUUGCUCAUCACCAUCCUGGCUGUUUGUAUCUAUGGUAUUGCACCAGUGGGCUUUUCCCAGCAUGAGACGGUUGAUUCUGUUUUAAGAAACAAAGGUGUGUAUGAAAAUGUCAAGUUUGUACAGCAGGAGAACUUUUGGAUCGGGCCGAGCUCGGAAUCUCUGAUCCACUUGGGGGCCAAAUUCUCUCCGUGCAUGCGGCAGGACAAGCAGGUGCACGAUCUUAUCAGGGAAAAGAGCGCUGUCGAGCGUAACUCCGCCUGCUGUGUGCGGAACGAUCGCUCUGGAUGCCUCCAAACCUCAGAGGAGGAAUGCUCGAGUACUCUAGCUGUGUGGGUGAAAUGGCCCAAGCAUUCCAGCACGCCCAAGUUAAAUGGUGAAGACAGACAACACGGCUCUGUGUGCCACCAGGAUCCGAGGAUAUGUUUAGAGCCUGCCUCAGUAUCACCUCAUGAAUGGCCGGACGACAUCACCAAGUGGCCAAUUUGUACCAGGUACAACACGGGAAACCACACCAACCUGCCUCACAUAGACUGUACCAUCACAGGCCGACCCUGCUGCAUCGGAACCAAAGGGAGGUGUGAAAUCACAUCUCGGGAGUAUUGCGACUUCAUGAAGGGCUACUUUCACGAGGAGGCAACACUCUGCUCUCAAGUGCACUGCAUGGAUGAUGUCUGUGGACUGUUGCCAUUCCUCAACCCUGAGAUCCCAGAUCAGUUUUACAGACUCUGGCUGUCACUUUUCCUUCAUGCUGGGAUCCUUCACUGCCUGGUGUCGGUGGCUUUCCAGAUGACCAUCCUGAGGGACCUGGAGAAGCUGGCUGGCUGGCUGCGUAUCUCAAUCAUUUACAUCAUCAGUGGCAUCACUGGCAACUUAGCCUCUGCCAUCUUCCUGCCCUACAGAGCAGAGGUGGGGCCAGCCGGCUCUCAGUUCGGGAUCCUGGCCUGCCUGUUUGUCGAGUUGUUUCAGAGCUGGCAGAUCCUGGCGCAGCCCUGGAGAGCCUUCACCAAGCUGCUGUGUGUGGUGCUCUUCCUCUUUGCCUUUGGGCUCUUGCCCUGGAUCGACAACUUUGCCCACAUCAGUGGCUUCAUCUCCGGUUUCUUCCUGUCCUUCGCCUUCUUACCCUACAUCAGUUUCGGCCGCAUGGACCUGUACCGCAAACGCUGUCAGAUCAUCGUCUUCCUGCUGGUGUUUGUCGGGCUCUUCUCAGGCCUCGUGGUGCUCUUCUACGUCUACCCGAUCAAGUGCGACUGGUGCGAGUUGCUCACCUGCAUCCCCUUCACGGACAAAUUCUGCGAGAAGUACGACCUCAACGCUCACCUCCACUGAGCUGUGGGCGGCGUGAGCACAACAGGGAGGCAUCAGGUCAAAGGAUGCGGACUAACAGAUGUUCAAAGCCGUGUAUCUCUACUCUGUUCCCCACUCUCUGUGACUGUGACAAUAUAAUUGUGUUUUUUUUUUACUCUGUCAGUAUCAAUACCUAUGCCACUCCUCUUAAGGACUCCCUUUAAUCCCCUCCUUGUUCCUGUGCAGUCUUUGUCCUGCCUUCACUGUCUAGUGGGACAAAGGUACCACAAUUCCGAACUUCAUCAAAGCUCCCAGCUGCCCUACACACACGUGAGGCAGGAAUAAGAGAAGCCACCGCUGGUACAGAGACGAGGAAUAUCUUUUUUUUUUUUUUUAAUUUACAGUCACACUCAAAAAAAAAAAAAAACAAGACAAAGGUUGUAUUGUUAUUCAGGCAACUUCAUACAAAAGCAGGGACAAACAUCUUACAUUGAUACCUUUGGUGCCUUGUUGAAAAAUGUACCAACUACUGCCAUAUUUUUGUUACGUUACGCUGAGCACUCGAAUGUUUUCUUUAUUUGGUGUAUUGCUUCCCAAGAAGUGAUGAUUGUUCUGAACAUGGUAGUGUUUUAGCUACCUGUCUACUCACAUGUAACUGAAACAGAAAAAAAGAAAAUGUACAAAUUAAAAUGGUCUUUGAUUUCUA